AUUUGGCAUUUUCACCGAAGCCUCUACUCCUUUUGUCUUCAACAUUUCUCCUUGAAAUUAUUUCUUUUCAGCGAAAACAGUCUGUAGUUGUAACUUUCUCACGCAUACAGUGAAAAUCUCCUCUGUGGAUCAUUAAAAGGUAAGCUUGAAAUAGCUUUUCUUUUAUGAUUUUACUAUUUUUAGCUUUGGUUCAUCGCGUUGAUCAAUCCUUGUCUGAUUUCCUGAGCAAGUUUCGGUAUUCAUUUCCAAGAAUUUGUGAAACACUGGUCUAGAUUACUGGGUCUUGUUGGGAAUUUUGUUUUAACUUCACUUAUCAAGAGUCUCUUUCAUUGUGUUUAUUCAGUUUCCAAGUUUUGGGUUUGUGAGAAUCAUGAGAAAUUAAGUUCCAGAUAUGCUUUUGGCCGGUUAGGACUUGGUAUAAUAUGUAUUGGGUUUGUAGGAUUUUUGUGGGAUUUUGAUUUUAUUUUUACCCUCUUCUGUAAUUGCCAAGGAAAUGGUGGAAAUUGGAAGGAGGUGGAAUGUUGGGGUUUUAUGCUCUUUUGUGUUUUAGUUUCUAAUUUUGGAGAUAUCAACUUGGGUGAGCGGUGAGCCAAGUGCUUACAUUAGGCUUAGUUAAGUGGUUUUGCUGCUUUCUUAAAUAUUGGCAUAUGUGAAAUUUGAGAUUUUAUAUUGUUUCCUAUUCCUUCUUUUCUCAGCCACUGAACAUCAUUAGCGUUUUGGAAUUUUGGGAUUCAGUUUGUUGACAUAUGGAUACUUCAGGUUUGGGAGGGCGUUUUCUGUCCCAUCCAACAGGUGGAUUAUUAAACCUCGAGUCACCAAUUCAUCGACAACAGCAGACCCAAUUGGGUCUUCCUUCGUUAGCCCAUCAAAAUCAUAUGAAUUUAGUAGGUGGCCAUGAGAAUGAUCAUCAAACCAUUGGGCUAAUGGAAGUGAAAGGCUCAAUCCCAAAAGGAUAUUCAGCAGUUUUCAGUAAAGGGAAAGCUGUUAGCCCUUUUAAUGCCACAAAUAAUGGCAGUGUGAGUGAGGAUGAUGAACCAAGCUUUACAGAAGAUGGGAAUGGUGAGAACACCAGUGGAGCUAAGGGUAAAAAGGGAUCCCCAUGGCAGCGAAUGAAAUGGACGGAUAAUGUGGUUAGGCUUCUUAUAGCAGUAGUCGCUUAUGUGGGUGAUGAUGGUGCAUUUGAGGGUGUUGAGGGGCUUAAGAGGAAAUCUGGGAUUCUGCAGAAGAAAGGUAAGUGGAAAUCGGUGUCAAAGAUAAUGAUCAGUAAGGGCUGUCAUGUUUCACCACAACAAUGUGAAGAUAAGUUUAAUGAUUUGAAUAAGCGGUACAAGAGGUUGAAUGAUAUUCUUGGAAGGGGAACCAGUUGUAGAGUGGUAGAGAAACCUGCUCUUAUGGACUCAAUGCCUCAUCUUUCAGCUAAAUCAAAGGAUGAUGUUAGGAAGAUAUUGAGUUCAAAACAUUUGUUUUAUAGGGAAAUGUGUGCUUACCAUAAUGGACAGAGGAUACCCGACUGCCAAGAUAUUGACCUACAGGGCUGUUCACUACCCCUUGAAAGGUGCUCAAGAGACAAUAAUGGCUCAGAGGAAGAGGAAGCUGGGGGACAUGAUGAUAGUGAUGAUGAUGAAUCAGAUAAUGAAAGUGACCUUAAUGCUUAUGAGGAUGGGGAGAGGAUGGGCAAGUAUGAGAAGAAUAAAGUAAAUGAAGAGGAUGACCAUCUUUGGGCUCAAUCAGGUUGGUGCAAUGGCUUUGAGGUCGAAAUGUCUGGGAUUCUUCAAGAUCCUAUGGUGUCAUUGUGGGAGAAAAAGGAGUGGAUUAAGAAACAGAAGUUGCAGCUCCUUGAGCAGAGGGUCAGCAUCCAGGCUCAAGCAGGUGAGCUUGAGAAACGGCGCUUCAAGUGGUUGAGAUAUUGCAGCAAGAAAGAUAGGGAGUUUGAUAGAUUAAGGCUGGAAAAUGAGAGGAUGAGACUAGAGAAUGAGCAAAGCAUAUUGCAACUGAGGCAGAAGCAACUGGAAAUGGAUUUCAGGAGCUCAGAAACAUCUCGAGACCUCACUUCCCUUGGUAUUGACAGAACGCAAGGAAGAGGUCAAAUUGAUCUGGACAGGCAUCAAUAGAUCCUUCAAAGUUUAAAGACUUGUCAAUCCACUCCUGCUCUCUUGUAUGAUUGUCCCCAACGGAACUUUUCUAGCGUUAUGUAAAUGGAGUAUCUAGCCUUGUGCACCACGUGUAUCGCUUUAGAUUGACAUUAGGAAUGUCUGAUAUAUAUUUUUUUUGAGCAUUUUGCUUC